UAUUGGACUUGGAAGUUGGAACUAUAAAAAGCAGUAAACCAGGAAUUAAGCUCACAAGAAUUGAGAAAAUGGAAGGGAUAGAGCACAGAGUAGUUAAAGUCAAUGGCAUAAACAUGCAUUUAGCUGAAAAAGGGGAAGGCCCAGUGAUUCUUCUCCUCCAUGGCUUCCCCGAGUUGUGGUAUUCAUGGCGUCACCAAAUCAUCGCUUUAUCUUCCAUGGGUUUCCGAGCCGUGGCCCCGGACUUAAGAGGCUUCGGUGACUCGGACGCCCCCGACCCAGUUGAGAGUUACAAUUGUUUCAAUAUAAUCGGCGAUGUGGUUGAGCUUAUAAACUUGCUGGCUCCCGAUGAACGCAAGGUGUUUGUUGUAGGACAUGACUGGGGAGCUUACAUGGCUUGGUAUCUGUGUAUGUUUAGGCCUGAUAAAGUGAAAGCUGUGGUGAAUUUGAGCGUGCCGUUUAUUCGGCUUGGUCGGGAAAUCAACCCCGUUGAUGCCUGGAGAGCUAUCUACGGCGACGAUCAUUACGUGUCUAGGUUCCAGGAAGUUGGGGAAAUAGAAGGAGAAUUUGCAGAGGUUGGUGCAGAAAGAGUUGUGAAGGAAUUUCUGAGUGAUUUCCCAGUUUUAUUGCCCAAAGGGAAACUGUUUAAACGUCCAUUGGAUGAGCCAAUAACGUUGCCUUGUUGGUUGUCAGAGGAAGAAGCAAGCUACUAUGUCACUAAAUUCCAGAAAGGCGGCUUCACUGGUGGACUUAAUUAUUACAGAAACCUUUACAGGAAUUGGGAACUGUUGGCACCGUGGGUAGGUUGUGGGGUGAAAACAGCAGCCAAGUUCAUUGUGGGAGACAAGGAUCUGGCUUACAACAUGGCAGGGAUGAAGGAAUACAUUCACGGUGGAGGGUUCAAAGAAGAUGUGCCUUCUUUGCAGGAAGUGGUGGUGUUGGAAGGAGUUGGCCAUUUCAUCAACAUGGAGAAACCAGAUGAGAUCACCAACCACAUCUAUGAUUUCUUUGCCCAGUUCUGAUUGAAAAAGACGUUUUAGGUCCCUUUGCAUGUAUUUCAAGCCCCUUGUGUCAUAAAAACUUGGCUAAGAUCCAAGUUCUGAACUUAUGAAUGAAAGAGACCCUUUCCAUGCAUUUCAAGCCCUGUGUAAUAGAAACUUGGCUAAGGUCCAAGUACUGAACGACUGU